AUGGCGCCCUCCUCUGCAUCAAGUUGGCUCGCCGGGCUGCAGCAACAGAGUGUAGUAGGAAAUUCGGCUCAAGGCCCUUGCUGGGCACCACCUGCCGACAUUGGUGGUUCUGCAUCUCCUUGGUACACGACAGGGAAUAUUGACAACUGUGCUUGGUUGAAUAAUUCAAAUGAUCCAAUCCAAUCAAAUUACAAGAAGAACGACCAGUAUUGGAAAGAUGUUGCUGCUGUUUACAACAGUACCACCCCAAAAAACAGGGCAAGGCUAGUCAAGCAAGUGAAGGAUCGCUUUGCGAGAGUUAAGAAAAGGGUUGCAUGGUUUUGUGCGAGCUGGAAGGAGGCUAAUGCUUUGUAUGCCAGUGGUGAGUCUGAUGUGGAUUUAAAGGAGAGGGCAAUGAGAACUUAUGAGACAGACCAUAAAGAAGAUGGUCCAUUUAUGUUUGAGCAUUGUUGGGAGUUUCUCAAAAAGGAACCAAAAUGGGAUGCCUAUUUGGAACGCCUAGAAGAUCUAGAGCUGGACAAGAGGAAGUUUAGUGUUGAUGAUGAAGUGGGGCAGCAUUUCACUCUAGAUGAUGCUCGUGAUGAACGGCCACCAGGUGGCAAGCAAGCUAAGGAGCAGCGAAAACGCAAAAUAAAGGAUCAGGAUUGUAUUGUAGAUCUUGAAGUUGAGCUUACCAAGUUUGUAGAUGCUCAGAAUGCAGCAAAUGAAGGCCGCAAAGAGAUGCUAGAAACACAAAGGCGUGUGUCUAGUGAGAAUCUUGAAGCUCGGAAGCUUGUGUGCCUUGCAGCAAAAGAUCACAAGGAGUCAGUCAUGCUAGAAACGUACCGAUCGUUGAUGAUGCAAGACACAAGUGGGAUGCCCGAAGAUGUGAGAUCCGAGCACGUGUUGGCACUGAAGUGUUUUAGGGAGAAGUUAUUUGGCAAAACUGAUUGA